UACGAUACUGCAACCACGUGACCUGCCUGUUUUCAACCCACUUCCACGCGUGCACUUAAAAAAAGACGGACAGUGUACAUCGACGUUCUAUACACCCACAGAGUACAGUUUAUUUCAGGCUACAUUUCGAUGCAUCGUAGGUGAAUAGCGAGAGGUGGAGGUGGAUGAGGUGGGCGGAGAAGCAUGGCGACGGCAGCCAGCAGCAGCAGCCCCUCCGCGGCCACGGCCACGCUCCUGCACGGCCACCGCAUCAAUAAGUCGCAGACUCGGAAACGCAUCGACCCGAGGCGGAGGCAAGCGGCGCUCUCCUUCCUCACCAACAUCUCCCUUGAUGGACGACCUGUGCAGGACGAGCGCCAGGAGGUGGAUGACGACGCCGUGGAAGGAGAGUCGGAAGCCCGACGGAGCCUGGUGGAGCGAUCCGCCACUACCACCUCCGCCUCCUCCUCCUCGGCUGCCGCUCUUGCCGCUGCCGCGACCGCCUUGGCCAACCAGGCUCUCCUGGCGAGCAGCCGAACCAGCUCGUUCGCUUCUGCGUCUCCUACCGCUGCGGAGCCCGGCGAAGGCGACGCGUUUGCCCCGGCGUUCGCUACUCCGGCGCCCACGUUCGGCUCGCCUCUCUCGGCUCUGCCCUCCUCGGCCCGGGGCAGACUGCAGACAUACACUCAGGGGGUCGCGCCCGCUGCGUUCUCCAGACAAGGAUCCCAGAACUACUGCCUGGAGGGCGGACAGAUCGCCAACUCGGCCAUUGAGCUUCAGCGGUCGAGACGUCGUCUGAUCUCUCAGCGUUCCUCGCUCGAAACGUUAGAGGACAUUGAGGAGAAUGCUCCUCUGCGCAGGUGCCGCACCCUGUCGGGUUCCCCUCGUCCCAAGAGCUUCAAGAAGAUCCACUUCAUUAAGAACAUGCGGCAACAUGACACACGCAACGGAAGGAUAGUCCUAAUCAGUGGCAGAAGAUCCUUCUAUAGUGUAUUUUCAGUGCUGCCCUAUCGAGAUUGUAGCCAAGCGGGGGACGUGAAGAUGGAAGCGACGGGGCGCCAGCGACACCCGUCGGGAGGUGUCAGCGCUAAAGAGAUGGUCAUCGGCCUCGAGGGUGUUGAGCUCGGGGCUGAUGGGAAGACGGUGUCGUACACACAGUUCUUAUACCCCACCAAUGUGCUUGGCGGGCGAAGGAACACCAUCGACUCGACAUCGUCCUUUUCUCAGUUUCGCAAUGCCAGCCAUCGCAGCCUCAGCCUUGCCCGCGUGAAUAGCAACCAGAGCAGCCUGGAUACUGGUAACGACUUGAGCGAAUUUCGAGAAUACGAUCCCAAUCUUCUGGACGACCCUCAGUGGCCUUGUGGCAAACACAAGCGAGUGCUCAUCUUUCCGUCGUACAUGACGACUGUCAUCGAGUACGUGAAACCCUCCGAUCUGAAGAAGGACAUGAAUGAAACCUUCAAGGAGAAGUUCCCUCACAUACGCCUCACGCUGAGCAAGAUCAGAAGCCUGAAGCGGGAAAUGAAGAAGCUGGCCCAAGACGAGUGUGGCUACGAGGAGCCCACCGUGGCCAUGGCCUUUGUCUACUUUGAGAAGCUGGUGCUACAGGGCAAGCUCAACAAGCAGAACCGAAAACUAUGCACGGGCGCCUGUGUCCUGCUGGCUGCCAAAAUAGGCGGGGAUCUCAAGAAGCACCAAGUCAAGCUCCUCAUUGACAAACUGGAGGAGCGGUUUCGCGUGAACCGGCGAGAGCUGAUUGCCUUCGAGUUCCCCGUGCUGGUGGCGUUGGAAUUCAACUUGCACCUCCCCGAGCAUGAAGUCAUGCCGCACUACAGACGCCUGCUGCAGGCCUCCUAGCGUCGGUGGACCAUCAGGAGGGAGGGUUGCCUUCUGAUAAGAUAGCUGACAUUUUUCAGGUACCAAGUGGUACCUUUUCACAGUACCCCUUGGGACCACUUGGCUGCAGAACUUUGGUCCGCAUCCUUUUUUGCUCCACGACCAUUUGUAUAUUGAGGACUCUCUCGCUUUAGUUGUGAAAUGGCUUUGAACAGUUUUGAAUGAUCAAUCUGCUGUGCUUAUGACUGCUUGCGCUUCAUCGAUAAGUCUUGAAAAACAGACUUAUUUGGAAUACAUUUUUACACAGCUCUGAAAGAGCUCGACGUUUUCUAGUGUAUGCAACAGGAGACAACAUUGGACUCCUCAUUCGUUUUAUUCAGAUCAUUUUGACCAGUGCCCUCUAAUCUUCUUGUACUCUAUGUUAGAGUGUAUUGCCAGCACGUUAAGGUGCUCUAUGUUGGGGCUGAGGGUGGUGCUUUUGGUUGCCAGAGGUACCCCGUGGUAUUCGUCGUGGAUUUUUUUUUCCAACUCCUCUUCUAAGCAAUCAAACUUUGACAGAAUGCUACACCCACAAUACAGUAGGUGGAGUUUUUCAAUAUAGGUUCAUAUUUGCCUACAGUGGCUAUCUGACUAGUUGAAUUAUCAGUAUGUGUUCUUGAGACUUGUAAUAAGAGGCCCAUAUAGAGAGAAUUUAUUAAGAUUAACCAGGAGCGCUACUGUUUUUUACUGAGUUGCCCCUCUUCAGGAAGUUGAAAAAAGAAAAAAAAAAUCUUCGCAAUUGAAUCCAGAAUUGAAAUGCUUUCAUUUUUUUUUUGAAAGAAAAAAAAUCACACCACUUUGUUAUGAGGGAUUCUCUCAAGUGGAAAAGUAAAGUUUGUUGUUGACACAUUCCAAAGAUUUUAGAAGCUAAGAAAAGCGACAUUCAUGACUACUUGAUUAUGAUUGUAAAUAAAUCAGUUGUCCAAUCAAAUACUCUGCUGUUCUUUGUAGCAUUGUUUUUGUCAAUAAGGACCAGUAAUCUGAUUACUUUCUUUCAGUAACGAGCAACCUAACGCGUUCAUUUUUCCAAGCAAGUAAUCUGAUUAAAGUUAGUUUCCUCAGUGCCUGUGCGUUGCUAUUUUGUUGUUGCCUCAUACUGUAUGUAGAAUGAAGAAUACUGUAGUCAUGUACGAAGAGCAUUUGAAUAGAAAAUACUGCUCUUGAGUUUGGGAGCGACAUCACAUCUCACGUUUUAUCAUCGGAAAAAAAACGGGUCACGUGUAAUACCAUGCUGUGUGCACACUGCGCGCCGCCUGCCACGGCGGUCAACAACAUAGCCUGGCUAGUGGCUACCUAACAGGAUGCUAACAGUAAAGGAGCCGGAGAGAUACAACAAACGGCUGCAUUUGCUCACUGGAGAUACAGCCAUUACUUCACAUAUCCAUCCAGUAAAGAUGACAAAAAUAUCUCCGCGCGUUGCAAACGCUGUGCUGGCUCAGCAAGACUGUCGACCUCUAAAAACUCGACAUCCAAUUCAACAAGGAAGCACUUGGAAUUACAGCACAACGCAAAAAAACUCAAAACAAAGCCGACAGGUUAUGAGACAGCCAGCACUUCUACAGUUUGUAACCAGCCUUUAUAAUAUGUGUAAUUAUGUACAUUUUAUAGUUGGAGUUUGUAAUCAUAGGCGGAGUUUUACAUUUGUGGGACUGAGGGAAAAGCAUGUUGAAGACUCUGAAAUAACUGAAAACAGGUUUUGUAUUCUACGUUCUUCAAAGUAUCCACUUUUGAGGUGUCUCCAAACUUU